AUGCAAAGUAUAAAACAAUGUGUACAAAAAUUGGUAUCAAGCAAAAUAUUUAAUCCAAAUAAUCCAAAUUACUCAUGUAAUAUACAAAGAUCAUAUUAUUAUUUUAAAGAUGAAGGUGAGAAUAAGAAAGAGGGUUUUCUUAAGUAUAAUUCAGUUGUUUUUCCUCCACAAAAACCAGGUGAAGAAAAAAGACCAGGCUAUGUCUGUCAUGUAAAAGAGAAUAUAAAAUAUAGUCCAUUAAAACUGUGGUACAUUGCAUGUUUUGUGAGGGGUAUGACUGCAGAUGAAGCUGUUAAACAAUUAAGUUUUUUAAAGAAAAAAGGUGCAGCUAUAGUAAAAGAGGUUAUUUUAGAAGCACAGUGUAUGGCUGUAGAGGAGCAUAAUAUUGAAUUCAAGAGUAAUCUAUGGGUUGCUGAAUCUUUUGCAACAAAAGGUACAGUAAUAAAAGGAAUACGACGUCAUGCUAGGGGAAAACCUGGGCUAAUACAUUAUAGAUAUUCUAAUUACUUUGUGCGUUUAGAAGAAGGAAAACCACCUAAACAUUAUUAUGAGCCUGGACCUAAAACUGGUGAAGAAAUGUUGAAAGAAUGGAUGGACCAAAUGCAGAGGCGUAAAAUACAUGGUUCAUUGUAAAAUAUAC